ACCAGCUCGCGUGUGACCUCCUCGAGUCGCGCAGCAUCCCUUUUCCGCUCCUUGAGUCCAAGCGUAAUCAGUAUCUCUCAGGAUGGCAUGUUCAGCGGUCGCGCUCUCCGUGGCGACCGUCUCGGCUGUGGUCGCUCUCACAUGUACCGCCAUAGCUUUUGGAACGGACAAUUGGUACGAAGUGAGAGUCAAUCCUGAUGGUAAUGAGCGAUUGGCUAGUCUCCAGGAAUUUGAAUCGGAUCUCCGGUAUUACAGUAGAGAUGAAGGAAUAUUUAGGAUAUGUUUUCCGGAUAAACGACCCAAAGGGGUUCAAACGUACAUGUCUCCAGUUCAAACACAGUGUAUAAACAUCGACUAUUAUAUCAACGAUAAUGGAAUAUCUGAUUCCUUCACUGAUCAACGUUGGAUGAGACUUCAUAUGGCUAGAUCUGUUGUAGCACUUUUUCUAGUAUCUUUCCUGUUUUCCGUUUUAUCCGCAUUCCCUGGUCUUGUCGGCUGCUGGCGGAGAUCGCAUAGUAACAUCAUAGCUACUGGAUUACUUCAGCUACUCGCAGGACUGGUUGUAGCAUCAGCAAUUGCAUUAUGGCAUGCGAUUCCCCAUUAUGAAUAUGAAAAACUGAAUUUUCCAGAAAUGAGCUUCAGCCGAUGGCCCGAGGUAUUACAGAUCUAUAGCAAAAGCUACUAUGGAUGGUCUUACGUAUUGGCAUGGCUUGGAGUUGCUUUGACUUUAUCUUCAUCGUUUAUGUUUCUGUGUGGAGCACAGUGUUUGAGAAAAGAAAAGCGCAAGGAAAAAACUCAGGGAACGGCCUAUCUAGUUCCAAUAUACGCUGGUCCGUAUCAUUGUCCGUAUUCAUACUGAUGCAAAAAAAAACAAUUUAGAUAUAGAAAUGGAAGAAACACUUCGAUGAGAUGAAUUAUCAACAUUUUAAAUGAAUCAUCUCUGGUUUCAUCAGUCAAGAUUUCACAUUGUUUGUCAUUGAACAUGAGUGUUACCUGUAAAUAGUUUAUAAUUAACAAAACUGUUUGAUAUAUUUGUUAUGAAUAAAUGUUUGGUUCUGUUUUUCGUA